UUACACAUUUCUGUAGAUCUGGGUUUUAUAGAUACCAUUGAAGCACUCAUCUAUCACAACGCUGACCCAAAUACUGUCAACAGCAAUGGCGAAACACCUAUUCUUAUUGCAACAAAAAGAUCGAAUUGGACAGCUUUAAGAAUGUUGUUAGCGAAAGGAGGAAAUCCUAACUUAACUGAUAGAUUUGGAAAUGCUGCUUUACAUAUUGCCUCUUUGUAUGGACAUUUACAAAUGGUUAAGUUACUAUUGAAGCAUGGAGCUGAAUUGAACCAGAAAGGAAAUAUGGGGGCCACACCUCCUUACAUCGCAGCUAGGGAAGGACAUGUUCAUUUAGUUCAGGACAUUAGACUAAUAAACAUUAAAAUUCCAUGCUUAACUGACAAAAAAGAGAAGGGCAUAAUUCAUAUUGCGUCUGAACAUGGACAUGUGGAAACGGUAUUAGCAUUAGUUGAUCAAUUUAAAGCUGACAUUAAUUUGAAGGAUUCUGACGGUAAUACGCCUUUGCAU